CAGCGCCGUGCAGGUCGCAGAUAGCGGGUCCCGUGCUUAAGCGGCGAUCAACAAACAUCACACCGUGCUCAGGCGAAAGGGACGCGCCUAGCCUCACGCACGCGCUGCUGGCAGCUUGAUUUUGACGUUGUCGAGUGCACUGGCAGCGACUACCGAGCGGCAUGUUUGCAACAGCUGAGUGCCCGAGGCGGCAACCGGAGAACAGACGGAUGGGCAGCACCGGCGUGUUCAAAUCGACGCACUCGUGAGGCAAGGGGCAACGGCUGCGGCAGCGCGCCCGGGCCGGUUGCAUAAAAUGCGCUUGUCCGUGGGCAGCCGCACGCAGAGGAGCGAAAGCACGCGGGCGCGCAACACGCGCGAAGCAUCACCUGCUCGCCACUCACUCACUCUCGCACGUAUAUGCGUCUCUCGCGCGCUAUUUGAUGUGCCGACAGUGAGUAGCACCGCGGAGCGCCGACGGAAGCCAUCGGGAGAAAAAGAGCACACUCAGGAAGAUCCGCAAAGCUGUCCCUAUGGCGCCGCGGAUGAAAGGUGGUGGCUCCAAUAGGACAUCGCUUGUUGCGUAUUUCUGGUUGAACUGUCUGCUGCUUUGGAGCCAUUGCUGGGCGUACCAUUGUAACGACAAGUAUCGGAAGUUUUCGCCACAGCACACGAUAUGCCUGCCGAACCGUCAGGACUGCUCAAUAGCUUCGGCCGGUGUUUCAAAGAAGGAGAUCCAGGAAAUCAUGGCUGCCCACAAUAACUACCGACAAAUGGUUGCCAUGGGAAAAGUGCCUGGAUUUCCACCUGCUGCCAAUAUGAUGGAGCUGGUCUGGGACAAUGAGCUUGCUGCCGUGGCACAGGCACACGCGAAGCAGUGCCGAUUCCACCACGACUGCUACUCAUGCCGAAGGGUUUCCAGGUUUACAGCGGGACAGAACAUGUUCCUCCAUUACUCUUCCUCGCUGCGACUGAGACCGACCAAUUGGGCGAGCGUCGUCAAGAGCUGGUUCGAUGAAUACAGACUGUUCAAUCCGGACGAAAUUGACUCCUUCCAUACUGUGCAGGACAGUGGCCAUUUUACUCAGCUGAUCUGGGCGAAAACCACUCAUGUUGGUUGCGGCAAAACCCGAUUCAAGAUUAAAGAGGAAGAUUGGUAUCGCACCCUGUACACAUGCAACUACGGACCCAUGGGCAAUGUUAUUCAGUCUAGGGUCUACGAAAAAGGUCGACCUUGCAGCCUCUGUCCAAACAGAACUUCGUGCAGCCCAUCCGUACCCGGGCUGUGCCACUUAGGUGCAAUGCCUUUGGCCCGACUGUCCCCUGCCGACGUCGUUAGAGUUUAUCACUUUCCACAGCAGCGCUCGGCACUUGCCAAUCAUGUCCGUGUGUAUCAUUUCCCGCAAGCAGGCGCAAAAACGUGA